CAAGCUGCCAGAGGAGGUAGCUGAGGUAGGGUAUAUUGCAAUAUUUAGAAAACAAUUAGACAGGUACAUGGAUAUAGGGCAAACACAGGCCGCUGGGACUAGUGUAGAUGUUACAUGUUUGUCGGUGUAGGCAAGUUAGGCCGGAGAGCCUGUUGUCCCGAUGUAUGACUGUAUGACUAUGAUGAUUAACUAUGACAACGGAACCCCGCCUCUUAUCUGAAUAUAUAGGACACAGGCAGCAUAAGACAAGAUUGGAAAACAGAUUCUCGCGAGCGGAGAAAGAAGUCUGCAGGCGGUGCUAGCGAUACAGAGGCUGUCCGCGCAGACACUGGGGAGAGGCGGUCUGGUUAGGUGAUUAUGAAACUACUACUGUGCAUCGCUCUGCUGCUUCCAGCGGCCCAGCUGUCGGAAUCCGCCUGCUUCUUUGAGAAACAGAACACAACCGGAACGGGCACGUGUUUUGACACAAACGACGGAACGCAUCAUCAAUUCGGAGAAAGUUGGAUGAACACCAACUGCUGGGAUUGCGUGUGUGCGCAAAAAGGCUAUGAAUGCUGCGAACGGUAUUCCGUACCAUUUGGUGUCCCGGAUGAGUGUAUGAUAAUUUUCCAAAUUCAAACUUGUUCGUUUCAAGUCUUCAUGAAGAAUGACCCGUCUGUCGAAUGUACAGUGGGUGGAGCCAUUGGGAAAUGAGCGGGAAUAAACAGGCAGCUCCUUUCCAUCGUGGAGACAUUCAUCAGAUACAGGAGCCUUGACUCUUGAAUAUAAUGUACCGACUACAGCCCACUAUAAACAUAUAACAAACCUAUUCUGCUGUCAUCGUCUGACCCAUCAUUUCAAUAAGAAAUGGGCGUGAGAUACAAGUGUUUUUGACAAAAUGUAAAUUGGCCGAAAUGUAAUUUGUAAGAAAAUGUUACUGUGAAAUAUGUCACUGAAUAUGAAAACUGAUAAAUCCUAAGGAUUUGAUGCGUUUUGCCUGAAUGUGGGGUACGAGGUCUAGUGGCCCCUCACAACCCGGUGAAGAAAUGGGCUGGAGAAAGGGAAUGCACUGGGAAAUGCUGCGGUGCGUUCUGGAACUUGAGUGUGUGAGGAAAUGGAAAUUGGGCUGAGGAAUGGUUGAUGGGAAUUAAUGGCAUUUAAUAGGGAGUGGUUGAGCAGGCUGGGAGUUGAUUCAUUGGAGCGGGAAGGGGUGAUCUUACAAAGGUGUAUACAAUCAUAAGAGGGUGGACGCACGGAUUCACUUGCGUAGAGUGGCAGAAUGGAGAUCCCGAGGACAUGGUUUCAACGUGGAGGGAGAAGGAUUUAAUAGGAACCUUAGGGAUAACCGGUUGACACAAAGGGUGUAUGGAACAAGCAGCCAGAAGAGGAACAUUUGCAACAUUUACGAAAUUAUAGACAUGUAUAGGAUAGGGUUAGAGGUAUAUGAGCCAAACGCAAGCUGGUUUGACAAACAUGGGCGAAACACUUCCUGGUGGAACUAGCGUAGAUGGGGGAUUUUGAGAAGCAUGCUCACUUUCGGCACGGGUAACGAUCAAUUACAGUGGCAGCAACCAUAGAGUCACACAGCACGAACACGGGCCCUCUUGUCCACUGGGUCAGGCCGCAUCUGCGGAGAACAUGGAGAACAUCCUACCCUGACGCAGAUGAUUAUCCUAACAUGUCGACACAUGGAACUGCAGAUGAUGGUUUACCACUACCACAAGACACAAAGGGCGGGAGUAACGUAGGUCGCCAUGCUGCAUCCCUGUUGAUCGUGGGCAAGCUACUAUUCGGCUUGGGAUCCGUGAUCGCAUCCCACGACGGGCCUGCCGACAGCAACCGACUCGAAAUGUCACAAGUCCGUGUUGUUCAGAGAUGCUGCCUGGCCCGCGGAGUUGCUCCAGCCUUUAAAAAAAUCUCCUCACAUUCCCGCCAGUUCCCACCGCUCCCGUGAAUACUCAUCACCAACUGCGAUGGCAAGUUCAUCACAAAUGUGCAGGCCCUUGUAACCAGAGCACACGGUGGAAACACGCCGUGGCGGGAACAGUGCCCUCUCCCCACAGACAGUGACCCAGCUCAGAAUGAUUCAAGAGUGAACCUGUCGAAUGUCCAGUGCAUUGAGUUGUUGGGAAAUGAACUGGAAUAAACAGACAGCUCCCUUCCAAUGUAGAGGCAUUCAUCAAUGGGAUACAGGAGCCUUAACUCUUGCAUGUAAAGUUUAUGUCACAAUAAACAUAUACCCAACAUUCUGCCGUCUUCUAACCCAUCAUUUCAAAAAUGAAUGGGCGGUGCUGGCUCGAAGGGCCGAAUGGCCUACUCUUGCACCUAUUUUCUAUGUUUCACCCGGGUUCCGAUAACAGCGCCCAACCCAACACCCAGCUUCACUCAUCUCGGAGGCCCAACUGGGG